AGCGGGGCCCCAUAUAGGCUAUAUAUACGAAGGUCGGUGGGAGUUCCUGGUGAGGUGAAUCGAGAUUAUGAAGAUGAGGGCGUUCGUCUCCCUAGCUUUUGCUGUGGGCUUGGCAGGCACCGUAGCGGGCCAGACAUGUUACUCGCCGUUCACGCUGGUGGGCUCCAAGUGCGUGUAUUUGGAGACCGCCGCGGAGAUGUCGUGGCAGGAAGCGAGGGACUACUGCAGGGGCCUUGGGAGUGACUCUGGCGGAGGGGAUCUCGCAGCCUUCCCGACCUGCGACGACUACGUGCAUUUUGCAAGGUUCCUUGCGCUCAACGCUCCCUUAAACAAGUCGGUGUGGGUGGGCGCCCGUACUCUCUUCACGCCCAACGCGUGGGAGUGGGUGAGUGGUGAGGACCUGCAGACGGGCGUGCCUUUCUGGUACUACAAUGAGCAGUACGAUGAAACAGAGAACUGCGCCGCUGCCGACGCGAACUACUACUACCGGCUGAUCGACGCCCGCUGCGACCUCGUCAAAAACUUCGUGUGCGAGGUGCCGCCCAUGAGCAGAGGGCAGGAGGCGCAGGCGGUGUCGGAGCCCAAAGCCGCUGUGGACCCAGCAUGUCAUGACCACGGCAUUGUGGUGGGAGACUUCUGCUACGUGUUCUACCCGCAAGAGGAAACCUGGGACCGGGCGGAGGAGAAGUGCCGGACCGGCCACCACGAGCAGGGAGGCCAGCUGUACUUCCCCAGCGGCUGCCAUGAGUUCACGCACAUGGCGCAUCACCUGGAGGCCGCAGAGGACACGAACGCAUACUGGGUGGGCGGCGUGGACAUCUCGGGCGAGGAGGAGUGGACGUGGGUCAGCGGCGAGAACAUCCCGGGCGGGCCCCCGUACUGGGCCACGGGGGAGCCCAGCCACAGCCACGACAACCAGCCCCGCGAGCACUGCACCGUCAUGACCGCCGAGAAGCGGUACUACCUGCAGGACGUCCACUGCGACGACAGACACCCCUACAUCUGCAAGCUUCGGUUCUUUUGAUUUUGAUAGGGAGAUCAGAGCCUCAAACUCACACUUGUUUAGGAGAUAAUGUAUGUUUCCAUUCAUGAUAUGUUCGAAGCACUUUCUUGCUUCAGGUUCAAAAUUGAAACAAUUUUUAAUAAACAACAAUGAGCUUUGGA